GUGAUAUCCCGCCCAACCACUCGAGCUCGUCAUCGGAAACCGCACAGGAGGCGCCCCCUUUGGUUCUACGUCAGGCCCUGCCUCAUAUCAAGCCAAAAUCCUCGACAACUAUAAUACCUAACACACAGCAACUUCUCACUAAGCGACCCUGUCAAUAUCGAGAAUGCCGGCGAGAGUUGGAGGCUCGUCCUCCCCCGAGUCGAGCGAAGAUGAUGCGCCCCGUCCUGCGCGCGGUCAUCUCGCCGCGAGAGACAAAGGCAAAGGUCGCGAUGUCUCUAUUGGCAAGCGGAAACGUACAGACACGGAAAAUGGGGGUCAUGCCGCUCGUCGCCGAGCUACGCGCUCCGCUGAGAGAGAAGAAGAAUACGAUUCGGACAUCUACGACCCAGACCAACCGAUGGAAGAACGUCGAGAAAUCCAACGAAAGCUCCGAGACCUUCAUAAGGGCAUCAACGAAAAUAUGGAGGAGUACAUGCUGCCAGGCUCAACGGGUCUGAAGGAUACCUUGAUGAUGGCUCAGCGCGUUGCUAAGGGUGUGAAGCAAACUACGGAGGCGACAAUAGACUCUCGCCUGCUUGUCAGCGCCGUCGAUAUGUCGUACCGCAAAACCGUGAGGUUGAUGCAGGGAAGCUCCACCGAGGGUGUCGAUGUGGAUGAGUUCGUCUCCAAGUGCUGCACCUACAUGCGGCAAGCCGGUGGAAUCGCAGACGACGAGGCGCCAGAGCUAUCGGGUACACAAAGACGGAGACGCCGCACCAAUAACAAUUCACGCGAUGAUGAGGACGAAGGGAACGACGAGGCCUUCAACUGGAGCCAUCUCGGACGCUUCGCUUCCUUACCAAAUGUUCGUCGGCCAGCCUUGCCCGGCUUUCUCCUUGGUCCCUUGUCCGUUGAGAAGAAAGUACGCAAGAUAUCGAAGCGCACCGCCCCGUUCAGACCCAAUAACCUGGAAGAGACAAGACCCGAGGUGCUGAAUGUCGAGGACCUUGCCAAGAAGGAGAAUGAUUUGACCGCUAUCUGCGGUAAGAUUCUGAAGCAGCUGGACAAGGUGCAAAGCAGCAUUCAAACGGAGCUCUCUGAAAUAUUUGAAAACACCGAAAUGGACGACGCCGAGCAGAUUCAACUCAUGCAGAAGUACGGUCUACGGGAUACAGGCGGUGUUGACCUACUUCGUUUCGUUGUCAACCCCAAGUCCUUUGGCCAAACGGUGGAAAACAUGUUCUACGUCAGUUUCCUCAUUCGUGACGGAAAGGUUGGCAUCGAGUUUGACAGCGACGAAUACCCCUCUCUCAAUCCCAUCAGCAAUGGAGACGCAAACGAGGACGGCACAGUCAAGCGUGAGACAGCGAAGCAGCAAGCAAUCUUUUCCAUGGACAUGCAAACAUGGCAAGAUAUCAUUGACACAUUUGAGAUUAAGGAGCCGAUGAUCACCCAUCGGAAAGAAGCAACAGCGCAAGGUCCCGGUGCCAGGGGAUGGUACAGUUAGAGGAAGACAAAACGGCGUAUUUGGCGUUUCGGCAUAGCAUCUUAGUUCCGUCGUUCACUGGUGCAGGACGACAUAUAGAAUACCAGGUCAAAAUGUUGCAAUGGAGUUUUGUGGGAGGUUUUACAGAUCGGAGGAUUGGAGGAAUAUUCCCAAGGACGCCAGUAUGGGGCAAUUGUUUGACCUACCUAGCAAUGAAUUGAUGGGGCA